CUCGCAAUUAUUCAGUAAAUUAUUGGCGGAAAUUUUGUUUUGCGAAAAUUUUCUAAAAGUUGUGUAAGAUUUGAAUUUAACCUUGUAAUUCGACAGAUGAAGUGACUUCUCUCGUUAUUAAACCAUCUACAUGAACUAAUGCAGUAAAUCACGAACAAUUAAACAACAUUUAAGAGUAGAAUACCUAACUGUAGACCCAGUUGUAACACCAGGCAUUUCCAUAUAUUUUGAGAAAUCCAUAUCACCAAGAUGGCAAUGCAAGUAGAGAGACAAGAGGACCAAGAAAUUGAAGAGGAAAACCUCGGACCUCAGCCAAUAGGCAGAUUGGAGGCGUCUGGUAUAAGUGCCAAUGAUGUGAAGAAAUUAGAAGAAGCUGGUUUUCAUACAAUAGAAUCUGUUGCUUUUGCUCCUAAAAAAGCCCUACUUGGCAUCAAAGGCAUAAGUGAGGCUAAAGCUGAUAAAUUACUGGGAGAGUCACAGAAGAUGGUGCCCAUGGGCUUCACUACUGCCACAGAGUUUCAUCAGAAAAGAUCUGAGAUCAUACAGAUUACAACAGGAUCAAAGGAGCUGGACAAGUUAUUACAAGGCGGAAUAGAAACAGGAUCAAUAACAGAAAUUUUUGGAGAAUUCAGAACAGGAAAAACUCAGCUAUGUCACACUUUAGCCGUCACUUGCCAAAUGCCUAUAGACGUAGGUGGUGGGGAAGGUCGUGCAAUGUACAUCGACACAGAGGGCACAUUUAGACCUGAAAGGCUACUGGCUGUGGCAGAAAAGUAUGGUCUUUCUGGCAAAGAUGUGUUGGACAACGUGGCAUAUGCAAGGGCCUACAACUCAGACCAUCAGAACCAACUGUUACUACAAGCUGCUGCUAUGAUGGCUGAAUCAAGGUAUGCCUUGCUAAUAGUUGACAGUGCUACAGCCCUAUACAGGACAGACUACUCAGGGAGAGGGGAACUAUCAGCCCGACAAAUGCAUCUUGCAAGGUUCCUGAGAACCCUUUUACGUCUAGCUGAUGAGUUUGGUGUCGCCGUGGUGAUAUCUAAUCAAGUAGUAGCUCAAGUAGAUGGCGCUGCUAUGUUUUCUGCAGACCCUAAAAAACCAAUUGGUGGAAAUAUAAUUGCACAUGCCUCAACUACCAGGUUAUAUCUGAGAAAAGGGCGUGGAGAGACGAGGAUAUGUAAGAUCUAUGACUCCCCAUGUUUACCAGAGUCAGAGGCAAUGUUUGCAAUCAAUGCAGAUGGCAUAGGAGAUGCCAAAGAUUGAGAUAUUCCUCAAAAGACAGUUGAAGGAAUAUGUGUAAAUAUUAACCACAUGUGUGGACUCUUGGUGCUGUUAUUGUGCAGUCUGGGAUCUUUGAAUCAGUAUAUGGAGCUAUAAGAACCAUCAUUAUUCCUGGGCUUAUUUUGUUUAGUAGGUCUAGAAGGUCUUUGAAGGUCUGUUUAAAGAAUAAAUUAAAUUACUUAGUGAUGUAAGGUGCAUAUAUUUGAUAGAGCAGGAAAUUGAAUGAAAUUGUAUCUUAGAAUGAAAGGCCAACCAGCAAACAAAUCAAUUUUAAUCUUUCCAUGAUUAUCAUGAAUUCAAAU